AUGGACCACGGCGAUAUGGGGGCCGAUGGCCCAACGUGCAAGAUCUCUAUGUUGUGGAACUGGUACACAAUUGAUGCUUGCUUCCUAGCCGAGUCCUGGCACGUCACAUCCAAAGGCGCAUUCGCCGCGUCUUGCAUCGGUGUCGUCUUCUUGGUCGUCGCACUCGAGUUCCUCCGGCGCCUAGGCAAGGAAUACGACUCGCACAUCCGCCAGCAAUUCCAACGCCAGGCGGCAGCGAGGUUCUCGAACCCCGGCCCUCAGGAUUGCUGCGGCCCCAACAACCCGCCGACGUAUCCCGACCAGUAUCUUACCUUCCGGCCCUCGCCUCUGCAGCAGCUCAUCCGCUCAGUCAUCCACAUGGCCACGUUUGCGGUCGCGUACUUCAUCAUGCUGUUAGCCAUGUACUUCAACGGGUACAUUAUCAUCAGCAUAUUCAUUGGGGCACUGUUGGGCAAGUUCCUGUGCGACUGGGAUAGCAUCAAGAUUCCGGUUGGUGCACCCACUUCCACUGGCGGUCAGGUGAAGAACCCUGGACAGGAGGAGUUGACCUAUUGCUGCGGUUAA